UAUGAAUUUGAAGGAAGCGCGCUCUCAUGCUUCGUCUUUUAUCAACUUUCUCACGUCGUUUUUCUGCUGUCUUCGACCGCGAAACCUUCCCAACUAUUCACUUCUGCCACCUGUUCGACCAAAUGCUUAGCCCAAGUUGAAGAGGCAGCGAAAAACACUACAGCUCAAUCAACCGAUGCUGUUCAAGUUUUUAGGGAAUGGGGUUGUAAUGAUGAGGAUUUGGCGAAAAUUUUGAAACGUAACCCAUGUUUGCGCAAAUCUAAAGCUGCGCUGCUUCAGUCGAAGCUCGCUCUGCUAAGUCGCUACGGGCUAAAGGCCCCUGACCUGGUGAGGAUAAUCAAUUGUAGGCCAAGGUUUCUUAGCUCCCGGGUUAAUCGUUUCUUCGCCGAGAGGCUUUCAUAUCUUAAUUCAUUGUUUGAGUCGCAGGCAUUGCUUAAGAGAGCCCUUGUGACGAAUCCUUCACUCUUAAUCUAUGAUUUUAACAAAACCAUUCAACCUGUUCUUGCACAAUAUGAAGAGUUGGGUGUAAACAGAGAUGACUUUCUUUUCAUGAUCUGUUCUCGGCCCACACUUAUUUCGAGGACUUCAUUUAAUGAGGAGAAGCUGGAAUAUAUACGCAAGACUGGUUUAACCACGGAUUCAAAGAGGUAUAAAUAUGUUGUAGCAAUAAUUGGCGUCUCUCGUCUGGAAACAAUCCGUGAGAAGAUGGCACAUUUUGCCAAAUUUGGUUUCUCUGAUGAAGAGAUAUUUCAAUUUAUUGGGCGGUCUCCUUUUGUCUUGACACUGUCAAUUGAAAAGGUUCAGAGGAACAUGACGUUCGUGUUGGGCACAAUUAAUUUGGAAGCGAAAAUAGUUCUUGAGAAUCCACAUCUCUUGUUUUUAAACCUAGAUAACAAGUUGAAACCUCGGUUUUUCCUGAUGAGGAAGAUAGGAGACAUGGAUUCUAAGUUGAAAUGUACACAGCCUUCAGUGAUUAGUGCUCUGAGGAUGAAAGAAAAGAGGUUCAUGAAGGCAUUCAUCGAAUGCCAUAGCAAGGAAGUGGCCAAUGAGUUGUUGGAGUUCUAUAUGAAGGCAAAAGAAGUGAAGAGAUUAGCAGAAUCAUCGAGGAAGCAUGUUUGUCUAGGAUUUCCAUUUUGAGUCCCUCCCAUGUGCUUUUUCAUAACUUGCAGCAGGAAUAUAGAUCAGGACGCAUGUUGCAAAUUCGUUGUAGUUGUUGAGGGUAUAAGGGAUUUUCUUGGAAACAGGGGCUUCAAUUUUUGUGACCCAUCUGGCUUUGAAAUUUAUUUCUUCGUUCUGAUG